AUGGGAUUAAGAUUGGUGCAACCAGCUAAUACAAAUCAACAAACGAUACCUUUAGAAGAGAUAUCAUCAUCAUCAACAGAGCAGCCAAUUUCGCAAAGUAGAUUGUCGACUACUGCACAACCUCAUGUUCACUUCUCACCUAUUUCCCCUACUUCCUCUACCACCCCUUCAUCACAUAGAAAUACCUUCACUGGGCUUGGUUUAAACGAAGAUGAAUGGGCAUUAACAGGGAUACCUGAAGAAUUAAGAAGCGUAAACGAAUCGUUUGAUAGAAGUUCUGCUAAUAAUACUGAAGCUAAUUCGAUGCGAACAGAUUGGAAAAGAGAGCUAUUUUUAUUAUUAGAAGAUCCGUCUUCAAGUAAUGCAGCAUUUAUGGUUCAUGUAUUUGUAUCCUUUUCAAUUGUUUUGAGUGCUGUAUUGACAACCAUUGAGACAAUACCAACUUAUAGAUCUACUGCCAGCUCAGUAUGGUUUAAUUUCGAGACUACAAUAGUAGCAGUAUUGAUUUGUUUUCAUCAAUUAUCAACAAUUCGAAAAUCUCCGAUUUUCUGGGUUGAAUUAGCUCCCCUUGCUAUUAUCGAUUUCAUUGCAAUAAUUCCAUAUUAUAUCGAAUUGGGAUUCCAUCAUGACACGACGUAUGAUUUUCGAUUUACCAUCCUUCGAUUAUUUCGUCUUCUACGUGUAUUUAAAGCAUUCAAAUAUUCUUCAACCAUAAUUAUGACAAUUGAGGUUAUGAUAGUAGCAGUUAAAAGAAGCAUGGAUGCUUUAGGAGCACUGUUUUUCUUUAUGAUUACAAGUAUAGUGUUAUUUUCAACUUUGAUAUAUUUUGCUGAAAGAGGAACAUGGGAUCAAGAUAAACAAGUAUUUGUUGAUAGUAAAGGUUAUCCAAGUAUUCCUUCAGCCUUUUGGUUUGUAAUGGUUACUAUUACUACCACGGGAUACGGUGAUAUGGUUCCUACAACAUUUGUUGGAAAAUUAAUAGCAUUUCCUGCUAUGAUGUGUGGUAUACUGCUCAUUGCUUUACCAUCAAUUAUUGUUGGAAGACAUUUUACAAUAGUUUGGGAGGCAAUGAGACAAUAUCGUAGAUCAACAGCUAACGCGAGAGAAAAUUCCAACAAUCCCGAUACUAAUAGCGAAGAUGAUAAUGAAGAUCAAAGAUAUCCAAUUGGGACUGAAAUGAGAGAAAGCUUUGAAAGUACGCAAUCCUUUGCAUCCCAUGUAAAUCGUGGAUCCUCCUCAAUGAAUAAUGAGAUAGUAAAUAAUCAAGAUAUACUAUUACAACAAGUGAAACUUUUGAUGAAAAUAUCUCAACAAAAUCAAAUUGUUCUUGAAAAAAUUCAGAAAACACUUGAGCAAAAUGGAAUCAAUUACAAUCCAACUGAAGAUAAACUUAAAAUCAUAAUACCUGGAAAAAGUUCAACAAAUUCUGAAUCUUCAUGA